GGGCCGUUCCGUCGGGGGUGUUUCGUUUCAAGUUUAUAGAAAUUGGAACUAUCGUUCCCCAUAGUUCAUUAUGUCCAGUGGAGUUCGCGCAUAGGGAGAGAGGAGAGAAGAGAACGAUACUCAACUGCAGAGCAGGUUUUCGGACCUAUUUUGGGGCUUUUUCGACUACCGUAACUGAUUCCAAAUUCCAGUAAGGCAUCGAUAGAUUUUGGGGUUCAGAAUCUUCGGCCUUCAGCGAUUUGAGGAGGAAUUUGUUCGUUAUCCUCAAAUAGCUUAUACAGAGAGAGUGCUCGGUUCACUCCUUUGCCUAGUUCGUCGGCUUCUUCACAGAGAAUCAGAUACAGCUAAUUGUGUGAAAUGGCUGAAGAGAACGAAGAUACACAGACAUUCAAGGGUUUGGGCAUUUGUGAUGAACUGGGGGUGGUCUGUGAUAGCUUGGGUUGGAAAACCCCAUCGAAAAUCCAGUCUGAAGCUAUUCCUUAUGCACUUCAAGGGAAAGAUUUGAUUGGAUUAGCCCCCACGGGUUCCGGUAAGACUGCAGCCUUUGCUCUCCCCAUUAUCCAGUCUCUUUUAGAUUCUCCAAAAGCAUCACAAGCAUUCUUUGCUUGCGUGCUUUCUCCAACAAGGGAACUUGCAAUUCAGAUUGCUGAACAGUUUGAAGCUUUGGGUUCUGGCAUUGGCUUGAAGAGUGCAGUGCUUGUUGGAGGGGUGGAUAUGAUGCAACAGACAAUUGCACUUGCUAAGAGGCCGCAAGUUGUUGUGGGAACACCUGGCCGACUUGUUGAUCAUCUUUCCAAUACAAAGGGUUUUAGCCUUCGGACUUUGAAAUACCUGGUCUUGGAUGAGGCUGAUAGGCUUCUGAAUGAGGAUUUUGAGAAAACAAUUGAUGAGAUCUUGAAGGCUAUUCCCCGGGAGCGGAACACCUUCUUAUUUUCCGCUACUAUGACCAAAAAGGUGCGGAAGCUCCAAAGAGCAUGUUUGAGGAACCCUGUGAAGAUGGAAAUUUCAUCUAAAUAUUCCACGGUUGAUACACUAAAUCAGCAGUUUCGCUUUAUUCCUGCAAAGUAUAAUGCUAUCUUGUUUAUAUUCUUACGGAGAUGUCUGGAAGUACGUCCAUGGUUUUUACUCGUACAUGUGAGCAAACCCGGCUUUUGGCUUUGCUUCUUAGAAAUCUUGGAUUAAGGGCCAUCCCUAUCAGUGGUCAAAUGAGUCAGGCGAAGAGACUUGGAGCAUUAAAUAAGUUCAAGGCUGGAGAAUGUAACAUUCUGAUCUGUACCGAUGUGGCAAGUAGGGGGCUUGAUAUUGCUUCUGUGGAUGUGGUUAUCAAUUAUGAUAUCCCCACCAAUUCCAAGGAUUAUAUUCAUCGUGUUGGUAGAACUGCUCGUGCUGGACGAUCUGGGGUUGCAAUCUCCUUAGUAAAUCAGUAUGAGUUGGAGUGGUAUCUUCAAAUAGAGAAGCUUAUUGGCAAAAAACUUCUGGAGUUUCCUGCUGAAGAGGAGGAAGUUCUAUUACUGCUAGAACGUGUAACAGAAGCCAAAAGAAUUUCACAGAUGAAAAUCAAGGAGACUGGAGGUGGGAAAAAGAAGAGAGGACAAAGCGAUGAUGAAGAAGUAGAUAAAUUCUUAACUUUGAAGAAUGGGAAGUCAUCCAAGAAGUCAAAGAGACAAUGAUGGUUGAGCCAAGAUCUUCCUUUGCAAUUUUGGUUGGUUUCAAAUGGCAUUUUUUCCCACCUGAUUAUACUAUUUAUGGCUCUCAAGCAAAUAGAUUAUUUUUUUUUUCUUUGUGCGCAAUUUGGAUAUCUUUGUGAAUUCAUUUUUGAUAUAUUAGUGAGGAUUCGUUGAGUUAAUGAUUAAACAUCCGUCAAACCAUGCAUAAACA